AUGGCUCGCCUAUACGAGACAGUACCGGGAUUCGAAGAUACUUGGAUAGAAUGUCUGGGUGAUCUAGGCCGAUACCGUAUGGCGAUCGAAGACGAUGAUGUCCGGGACCGUGAGGUCUGGGCCGGAGUAUCCAGCCAUUGGUACAAGGUCCCAGACACUGCCCCAAACACUGGUCGACUGUAUCAUCAUCUUGCCAUUUUGGCCCGGCCCAAUGCACUCCAGCAACGUUUCUACUACACAAAGACGCUCACUGUGUCAGUCCCUUUCAUCAGCGCAAGGGAGAGCAUCAUGUCCUUAUUCGACCCUGUCCUCUCCAACAAGCCAACUCGUUUAUCCCCAAUUGAUUCGGAAUUUGUCCGUGCUCACGGGAUCCUGUUCUCUGGCAAAAGCAUAGAGUGCCUGGAGCAAGACAGCUCCAUCUAUAUUUUCAUCAAUAAUCUGGAUGAACGUAUAAGCAAGACUUCGAAGAGAUGGCUGGACAGAGAAGCUGCAUUGACCACGUCCCUUUUCCUCCACCAAGACUUGUUCCAAGAAUCAAGGCCCCUCCCAGAAGAUUUCGCAAUCAGAGGCCUUCUUUACAGCGAGGACUACUUCACCACAGAUUGGCUUGAUCUUGAUGCAGGAAGUCACCUGGACUCGGAUCCAUUGAUGCUGGAACCAUACUCACUAUCGUCUUCUUACCACUUCGACUGGUUUAAGUCAGCUACAGAGUUCUGGCUGUCUUACAACUACAGGUGCACUCUUGUCACCAAUGCCUUGUAUUCUGUCAUCUCGUCACAUUGGCGUGUUUUCAACUUGCAACAGCCCAUGGCUUUCUUCACACAACUGACCGCGUCCUGGGGCUAG